CCAGCCCACCUCCUCCCUCCCCCACGCCAACUCCUGUCCGUCCCGAGCCCCUCUCUCGUUUCUUUCUCUCAUCCCCCUCUCCUUCCUCCUCUCCCAUGGCUGCUCCUCCCUAGAUCUCCCACUGCAGCACUCAAUCCUUGGAUGGGAGUAGCAAAACGGAACGAGGAGAGUAAGAGAAGCUCGAAGAGGUGUUUCUUUGGGGCUGAUUUGCUUUCCCCCCUCACUUCCCGCGGCUAGGGUUUGGGGAAACCCAAGGCGCGGAUCGCGCUUAAAGCGGCAUCUCUUCAUCGGAGGCAAGUAAAUGUAGCGGUGGUUGCUACUUGCUUUAACUUGUUAUUUAUUCUACCUCCACUUUAAAAUUCAGAACCACAACUAAUAUAAUAUAAUCUAUUUAACCAUGUUCUAAUUGGGUUGAUAUAUGUUCUAUGGGUUCGAUGUGAAUAUUUAUGUUUCUCUAUUCUGUGGUAAUCUGAAAAGUUAUACAUGACUUUCAUAACUAUUGGGAAAGGUGUGAAUAUGUUUUUCUUCCUAACCAAUGUAGCUAUGUGGUGGGUAUUUUUCUGUCUACUUUAACACGAGUGUCUAUAUACAUAAAAUAUUUGUUGGAUGAUGGUUUUGAUAUUAUGGUUGACGUUGAUAAACUAUUUACAUAUGGCAUAUACUUAGUAAUUUAUCCUAUGUCAUGUCUUCCCGUGAGUAAAAUCUAUGGAAUGCUUGGCGGUUUACUAAUGAGUGGGAUGAUUAUAGUAGAGGUUAUGUUCCCAUAGUAUAUGAUAAUCUCUAUGGUGUUUACGCUACCUAUGUCUCCUAGUGUAUCAUACAUUGGGUAAAUUAGAGUUUGGAUUGCGAAUAAGGAUCCAAGCAGUUUUCCUACUAUUCUUUGGUAUAUGUGUAAAAAUAUAAGGAUUGAACUUUGGGUUGACUAGCUCCAUUUAGAAAUGUUAUUUUCUUCCUUUGAUAUGAUAGAUAUGCUACGGGCUUGGAUUAUAAAAUUAGAGUUCUUCUCUAUGUUUAAAUCACUUCUGGCUACAUGCUAUCCUAUUUCCUUAAGAUUAAGGAGAUCUAUAGACAUGAUGAUAUGAUUAACUAUUUGGUUGACGUUUGGCAUAUAUGAGAUUAUAUUAUUAUUUAAUCAUGAUUGACACUAUUUAUAUUACAGAAGCACUGCUUGUAUCUCUCUAUAUUAAUUAUCAUGGACUAUUCUCUUUUCUCAUCAUGGUACAUGGCAUUUGGAUCUGGAGUGUACGGUAUUUGGAUAUUAUUUGGAUAUGGCAUCUAUCUUAUGGCAUUACAUCAUGUUGCAUUGCAUUGCACUGCAUUGGCAUAUGGAGUUAUGUCGUGAACCUAUGGUUCCGACCGUACCGGUACAACAUCGUUUAUUGGGCAUAACGAUGCAGCUUCAUACCUUGUUGGGUAUGAAGGCAGGAGUUCAUAUGCAUCCAUGUGCAUACAUUAUUGGUUUGGCAUAGAGAUGCAGCUUCGUACCUUGAUGGCUAUGAAGGCAGGAGAUCAUGUGCAUUUAUAUGCAUUUCUGUAUGGUUUUGGGAGUUGGAUGUGAGGAAGUAUAUUGCGAUAUAUUAUGAAUAGUUAUGUCUCACGCUGUGCUAUGGCUUAUCGAACUUUGGAUAUACUAUACGUGGAUUGUAUGGAUACUUGGGUAUUGGUUUAAUGUAGUUGCAUUGAAACUAACAUGAGUGGAGAUACUUUUCCUAGUGAGGUGAGUUACGAUUUGGCUAAAGGGGUCGUGGAGUUAUUAUUUAUUUUCCUUCCUUGCCAUUUAUAAGCCCUUCAAUUUCUUUACAUGUUAUUUAUUUGGUUAUGGGAUAUGAUCUACAUUUAUGCAACUGUAUUUGUCGCGGUUGUUAUGGUAAUCUAUAUGUUAUGGCUGGUGUGGGUGACUUUCUAUUGUUCUAUUAGGAUCAUAAACUAUCGGUCAGGGGUAACUCACUACAAACUAAUGCUAUGUUUUCAUACCAUGAUCACCUAAUUCUUUGAGAAAGAAGCAGAUAUGCGAGGGCUAUUCAACACUUGUUGCGACACUAAAUGAUUAAUUAAUCUGAUGUGGUUUAAAUAUCUUGUUAAAGUAGUUUGCUUGCUGAGAUUUUUCAAUUUCACCCUUGUUUUCUUCCCUCUCAGGUUGUCCUUUGAAGAGAGUAUGGGAAUAUGGGUUAGUUGCACAUCCUACACUUUUGCAAGAUCCCGCUAAGGCGGUUUGCCCUGAGUCCUAGAGUUGGUAGAGAACCCUUGCUAAUGUUGUUAAAGAUAGAGUUGUUUUGUCGGAGUAUCACGCUUCAACAUAUUGUCUAUCUAUUGUUGCUUCCGCUUUGUGCUCGUUUCAAGGUUUAUGCUAUCAAAAUUUUCAAUUUUGGCUUCUUGAAGUGUAGUUGUGUAGUAUCCUAGGAUUGCGUGAUACCUGGAGUGUUACAAUUUGUGUGGGCAAUUCCUGGAGCUUCUCCCACUCCAACAAUGAAACUUUGUGUUACUACAAACUUCUGAUACACUGGCCAUUUUUUGCCCUUCAUUAGCUAUGUUUCUUGCCAACCACCAUUGCCAUAAAAAAAAAUCAGAAUCCUAUGCUGCAAUUUCUGCUCCAGGUUUACUGUUGUGCUCAUUACUUCAGUUCCCUUCCUGCACUGCUCUAGCAUCACUCUUACAUUCUCAAGGUUCAUUUGGCGCCAACAUUGCUUAACUCUCUUGCACUUGAAAAAAGGUGGCCACAGUCCUCAUCUAGGCAAUUACACAUUGGGCACACAGUAUCAAUUUUGACCCCUUUCCUUGCAAUAUUCCGGCGCACUGGCAAGCUAUUGUGAGCCAUUCUCCAGGCAAACAUUUUAACCUUGUUUUGGAGUUUUAUCUGCCACCAAAAGCUCCCUCCCUUUUCAAUAUUCGAACCAAAGGAUGAAGCAUCUCUAUUCAGCUUGCUGUCCCUGAUUUGCACUGCACGUUUAUAAGCAGAUUUGACAGAGAAGAGGCCUUUUGGGUCAAAAUGCCAAGCUGGCCAAUCCUCCAUCUGCAUAUCAAUGGGAAUUGCAAGGAUAGCUUGAGCAUCUUCUGGCCAAAAGGUAUCAAGGAUUAAUUGUUUUUUUUUCGCGACCGUGGGCAUGUUUUGCAUUAAGAGAGAAGAAAAAGAGGUCCGUACAAAGAGAUAAGGAAAAGGGGUCCUUAACUCGCAGCAAACAAAAAUAAAAUGCCCUUACACGGCUAUCAUUUGGCGACCAUGCAAGCUAUUACAAGCUAUUAUCAAGGAUUAACUGUUCAUCCCAGCUUUCUGUCUGUGGAUCAAUCAACUCUGAAACUCUUGUCAGCAGAGACCGACCUCUUGGUGUAGCAAGUUUUCUGGUGUGUCCUCAUGGCAGUCAUGGAUUAGACCAAAUAUUAACAGAACUUUCAUUUCCAAUUCUCCAAAUGAUCCCCUCCUUUAGCAACUCGACUCCUCUCAGAAUACUUCUCCAUGAAUAAGAAAUACCAUCACAAGCUGUGCAUCGAAGCAUUCUUAUGUUUGGGAAGUAUUUGAUGGCCCCUCAUAUUUAGAACGAGGCUCCCCUAACUUUUGCUGAGGCUCCCCGACCUUUUGCUUGUGGUCGCCAAUGUGUGGGUCCAGAUCAAAACAUUAGUGACUCAAUUGCAGAGGAAGAAAAACCAGAUCAACCAUUUCCCAUAUUUAUAGGACGGUAAGAUCUUACAAGGCAAGAUUUCUAUGAAAUAAUGUAGAAACCGGACCAAGUACUACAAAGUGGAGCAUACAAUUUUUCUAAUUAUUUCUAUUAGUACAAAAAAUGAAAACAAGAGCAUGCUCUGUUAGGUAGUCAGGCUUUCCCAAAACACUGGACGUGCGGUGUUCGGUUCAGAUAAGAGCAAAGCAUCCUUGUUCAAGGCGAUGAUCUUGUAGCUCUGGCCUGGCGAGACGGUGAUGUAAAAUUUCCGUUAAAAUAUCGAUAUAUGGUACACGGAUUGUCGCAUCGAGUGUAACAAGAUGUUGGAGGACGUUCAGGUAGGGAAAUUGGUGAGCUUCGGUGAGCAAGUUAAAUGGAUCUAGUGGAUUUUAGAAAUACUAACACCUAUCUGUUUUCCGAAAGAUAAGAUUGGACGCCAUGAAAAUAUCCGUAAGAUAUGAUACAAGAUUGUGUGAGUAGCUUACAGAUGGGCACCAAGAUUAAAAAAAAAAGAAGAAGAAAAAAAUUUCUCAGCACGGCCAACUGUGCGCCGGCACAUGGUUCUCCCUCCCUAUCCCUAGACCGGGUCUUCCUGCACUACGGAGGCUGUCCAGUCCACAGUCCACAGCGCGGCGCAGGCGGCAGGCCGGCCGUCGCGUGGCUCGCUCGCUCGGUGGUACGCCUACGCUUAUCCGGCGACGUGAUCCACGAUGCGAGCGAGACCGACACAGCUGGGACCCUGAUCCUCGCGUCCUGCUCUGCUCUGCCUGCUCUACUUGACCCUGACGCCACCUUGUGCUGCUGAAGAGUUGGUCGUCUCUACCCGAUCCGCAUCCGCCUGAUGAAUCUUGAGGUGAGCCUGCCUCGCUCGUCAUCCUGUUCCCCCUCCCGAAGAGUAGUGGUUUCGAUCUCCUCCCUGAUUCUGAUGCUUCUUGUACUCCUGUUGAAGCUCGGGCCUCAUCUGGAUCAGGGUUCUCUUAUAGAUUCUUUUCCCUCUGAAUGAGAUUAGAUUAUUACAUUGGGUUCCUCCUCGAGCUGCAAUAUGUCGUAGAUCUGUGGUUAUUUGUUGGUUCUGAUGUAGUUUCCAGCCCAUGAUUUCUUCUCUCACGAGUAGCAGACCGUCCUUCGGGUUCAUGGCCACAACUUGAUAGGAGUGUUCGUUGUCCGCUCCCCGUGCUUGCCCAAAAGACUCAUAGAUUGCUUAAUCUGAUUAGGUAUAAUCUCUUUUAGCCGCAACGAAGAGAAGGUGUGAUCAUGGCAUCACUAAGUGCUGACCUUUUCUAUGACAUACUCAAGCGUCUUGAUGCUGCAGCUCUGGCAAGAGCAGGCUGUGCUUGUGCUGACUUCCGUGCCAUAUCAAAUGAAGAGGACUUGUGGGAGAAUGCUUGCACAUCUCUGUGGCCAUCGACAAGACUUGAUGAUGUUAGGAGCUUGAUUGUUUCUGUUGGUGGAUUCAGGAAGUUCUAUGCUGAUUGUUUCACCCUUAUAUUGAACAAAGAUGUUCCUGUAGUUCAGACAAAUGAAACUAAUCCCUUUGCAGAAGAAUGGGCGGAGUCUGACUACUACUAUGAUGACAUGGAUGAGCUUGAAAACUCCCAGCCUUCAGACUUUGUAUCUCUAAUUGAUGUAUGGUACAAAGACCGUGUACUCUACUCGAAGGUCAUAUGGGGAAUUCCCAACUCAGAUGGUGCCAAUGGAUGGUUCUAUAACUGUCCAUUCCGUAUAGACUUAUUUCAUCACUCAGCUGAGAACAACGAGAACAAUAAUGGAGAGGUAUUUCUAUCAACCAUCAGUGACUUACCAUUGGUGCCCUCAAUGGAGCAAGAAAGGAAAGAUGGGAAACUUUGGAGGGAACUGAAUGAUGGCAUAAAGUUGAGCUGGAUCAUUGUCAACAGAAAGAUGAAGCGGGCAGUGAACUUGACAAGUUGGCACCCACUGGGUGGGCAGAGGCACUGGCCGACUGAUAGUGAUUUUGUUCUACGGUUUGGAUCUGUCCUUCCAGCAAAGGAGGUCCUGCCGUGCCAGGUAGCAGAAUGCAUUCUGCUGAUGAAAUUCCGCAUGACAAGCAUGGGGAAUGAGGAAGCUGGAGAACCUUUGAUGCUUGCAUUGACAGAACUGAGUAUGCAGAUCGAAGACAUGGGUGGUGUUCAUCUCAAUGGGCGUUGCAGCCUCCUCCUUCUCAAGGAGGCACUCAGCUGCCAUCGGAGUAGGAAUUAUGAUGAGGUGCUGGAGUCUUGCAAUUUGUAUCUGAAGGCACAGAGCGAGCUGAAAGAAGAGAAGAUACGCAGCGAAUGCCGGUUUGACACACUCUGUAUUGUCAGUGGCAUUACAAUAUUUGCUGCCAUCUGCACCAUGUGCUAUAGAAAGUUUGAGAACGUUUGACUUAAGUUCCAGAGUUGCUGAAUUCUACAUGCGUAAAGCAUUCUGUAUAAUGUGGAUUUCAGAAAUGAUGUAAUGCGUGCUUGUGAGCUGGUAAACACAGCCAACAAAUUGCUGGGUAUUAAUUCACCUUUAGAUCUUUCAGGGGGGAAAUAACCUCAUUUAUGAAGAUGAAAAGCAAUUACAAUUU